ACUUCUCUACCCCUUUAGCUUCUACUAAGUCUCGCACUGCAUGUUUUAUUCUUACACACUUCCUGUGCGAAAUCCAGACAAGGUAACAUAAAACAAUUUGCUCCCAAAACAUAACACAAAACUCCUAGAAGUCCAGUAACAUUUAUGCCAUCUUGAUUUGUAAUCUUAGCAGCAGAUAUGACUGAGUCAGAGAAAAGCAGACUGCUGAAAAGUAUCAUUAUGGUGAUAUGACGAUGAAUAGAAUCAAUGAAUGAAUGAAGAACAGAUUCAAAGCCUUACUAUUGUUUCUUUUUGAAAACAACAACCCCAUUAACAGUUAAAUUAAGUAAGUACGUUUUCUGAUUUUAAAGUGUCUCCUACAGUUGGAGGAGAGAGAGCAGGUGCUACAAGAACUGCAGGACGAGCUGAAGGAGGAGAGGAAAAGCCGAGAGGAGGAGAAACUCCAAGAAAUGCAGCACUCCCAACAGCAGGAGGCGCUACAGCUGAGCCGAGCUGAAGCUGAACUACAGCUGCUGACGAAGAGGAACGCUGAACUUCAAGAAGAGGUGGCGUUACUCCAGGAGACGGUGAGCAGGGAGUGUGAGGAGAGGGGGGGGCUGACGGCUGCUCUGUCUGAAGCUCAGGAGGAGCUCCUGGGGCUGCGAUCCCCAGCGUCUCAUCAGCACUCCCCCAGAUCUCACCCCACAGGGAGACAAACUCCCCCGGGGUGCAGGCAGAGUCAGACCCGGGUGGUUCCUAAUCGCUCUUUGAACUCCCCAAACACACUGCGACCCCCCCCUGCCGUCACAGACAAAGAGACAGGCCGGGGCACGGAUAGAGGAGGGGCGGAGAGGAGCUUUGCGUGUUGGAAAAGUGGUGGGGAAAAAAGACGGGAGGGGACGCUGCCCAGACUGAAGCCAGCAGCACAGUGAAGACAGAAUAUAGGACAUUAAAACAUAAGGUCAGUUUAGAGAGGGAGAGGAAGACAGGGGAAUA